AUGGUAUCAACGAGAGGUUUACGUUAUAAAUUUAGCGAAGGGGAGCGCGUCCUUUGCUAUGAACCAGACCCUACUAAAGCCAAAGUAUUAUACGAUUCUAAGGUGUUAGAAGUAAUAGAGAGUAAAGACAAAAGAGGACGGAGGACUGUAGAGUAUCUGAUUCAUUUUCAAGGUUGGAAUUCUUCCUGGGACCGCUGUGUCAGUGAAGACUUUGUACUUAAAGAUACUGAAGAGAAUAGACAAUUACAAAGGGAUUUAGCUGAGAAGUCACAACUGCAACUGGGUGCAUAUCUGUAUCGAAGGGAGCGUAAAAAGGGCAGCAACACGAACGCCAACUCGGGAUCCUCGAAGCGAGCUCGUCAUGGCUUCAGUGACGACGGUUCUUCGAGCAGCACACAGCCUGACGAAGGCGAGACCGGAGAUACGGACUCGUCGUCCGGAUCGGGAUCUGGUUCGAGCUCGCAGCCCCACUCGCCGCUGCCCAACGCGCACGCUGGUCGCGCACACAUCGCCCUGCCCGCCGCGCUCAGGGACCGGCUGACGUUCGACUACCACCUGGUGGUGAAGCGCGGGCGGCUGUCGCGCCUGCCCGCCACGCCGUGCGCAGCUCAAAUCCUCGAGUCGUUCGUGAAGUGGUUCGCGCGCGCCGGCGCCUGGCACCCGGCGCGGGCUCGCCACGAGCCGCCGCAGCGGCCCGACAUGCUCGACGUGUCCUGCAGGCUGAAUUUAGUUCGAGAAGUCGCAGAUGGACUGAGAGUGUAUUUCGACUUCAUCCUGCACGGUCAUUUGUUGUACAAACAGGAACUGCACCAAUACCACGACAUCUGUGGGCAAUAUAAUGAAGACUUCGAGUCGAAGAGCGACGCGGACGACGAGGACGAGCAGUCGCAGGACGACGGCGGGCUCGCGUCGGCCGAGGAGGACCUCAAGAGCCCCAAGAUGCCGGAGUACUCGCACCUGCCGCCGGACCCGGUGCACGGCGAGAACGGCGACGAAGAAGACGGCAUUUCGAAGACGCGGGACUCUACAGACGGUACGAAUUCAAAUGACUACACAAUGUCUAGUAUAGUCCAGGAGAACAGUCAUGACGAGGAAACGAAGAACGAUUUGAUAGACAAGUCGCUGAAAAGCGACUCGCCGAGCGAGGACAUGCCCAUUCAACGUGGCGGCAGCAAAUCGCGCGAGUGCCGUCCCGCCACGCGGAGCGGCAACGUCGCCAGAAGACUUCGUUCGCACAAAUCCGUUGUGUCCCAAUCGGAGAAUGAGGAGCCAGCCCCUUCCACGUCCGCUGGUGAACAGCGCACUUUCGAAACCUUAUCCUCCAGUUGCAUAAUCGAAACGAGCGGCGCCCCGUGCGGUAAUAGUGCGGACGCGUGUACUGACUUUAGCGUGGGUAGCAGCGGUUCCUCGAUGAGCGAGGGCUGGUCGCGGGCCGCCCCCUCCCCCGCGGCCGCCCCCCCGCCCACGCGCACCCCACUAUCGCUGCUGCUGGACAAGGUCUCUAAGUGGCAAAUCAUCCCCCGGGAAGGCACCGAGCAUCUACCAAGUAGAGUAUACGGUGCCAUACAUCUUGCGCGGCUGUUCGUGAAGCUACCGGACUUUUUAAACGCAACGCAGAUGCCCGAUUUCAAACUGAAAUUGCUCUUAAAACACAUCGACAUGUUUAUUCAGUAUUUGGACGAGCACAGCGAAUGGUUCGGCGAGAUGUUCUACAUUGCGGACGGCGUGUCGCGGUCCCAC